AUGUGCUUUAUAACCGUUCAAGGUACACUAAUGGCAUAUCUUAUAGCAAUGCAGAUCCAACUAGUGUUCGAGUGUACCUUCACGCCAUACCAGGAAGAGUUUGCUGCAAGCGUCAAGUAUGAGAUGCUGAAGGAAAAUGAGCGGGAAUGCCUGCAAGCGUGCUACGAAGAACCUGACUGCACUUUUGCACAAUUCGCUCAGCUCAUCACGGGCGUGUGCACUAUCUACAAGAACAGCUCUGAAACCCAAAAUGGUACUGGAUUGGUGUACAGCCUUGAUCGGGAACUUGUAACAUCGCAUUGUCUGCAACCUUUACCGGUUGCACCUGAGUUGGAAUUUCAAACCAUCUUUGAACAAGUUGUCAAACAGAAUGAAACUGAGCGAACUAGGCUGCUUGCCCAAAACACUUCUGCUCCAUUGACUGCCAUCUACGAAUUCAAUUACGCUGGAAGGCCUUUCUACUCACAGAAAGCUUCGCUGUUUUCGGACGGCAGAAAUCCACUAUACAAGUAA